UUGCGAGACACAGGAACAUUCAGGUUUAACAACAAAUGGUUGGGUUCCCGCCGUCUUUGAAGCCUAUCAACAGGCCCUUAGGUCAGAUGGUACCUCGACUUCUUCGCGGCCAUGUUCACAAAUCUUCGGACUCGAAGAGAAGAGAAGCGACGGAAACCCUUACCAACCCUUUUCUGCGCAGCCGAAUCCAAUCCAGCGUUUACUCAUCGGAAUCACCGAGUGGAAUAGACAAUGCCCUCUUCCAGCACCACCCGAAUCUUGCUAUCCAGCUGUCUAUGGCCCGGCUUGGCCUUGGCCCUCCCGACACCUUCUCCUCAAACAGACAUCUUGAGCACGAGGUCAAAACCACCUUCACUUCAAUCAUCGUGGAAUAUUAUGGGCGCUCUUUUUCCCUGCGUCUUCAUCAUCAUUGCCGUCUACUUUCUCGCGGAACGUUGCUACGUACGAGUGAAUCGUGGUUUUGACCAGGUCGAAUUUCCUCAAUGGCCCUCCUCAAACUUGAAUGAAGACGGCCCUGACUAUCAAGUCGUGUGGUUGUCAGAUAUCCUGGGUGUUAUGGUGACGAGUGAUAGGGAGAUCGUCGGUAUGGCUCGUCGGCAACCCCCCGGAGAAGAAAGUUGGUCUGGGACAACUACCACUUCCACUUCGUCAGCUUCAUCAAACGCGGUACCGGUACCCCCAACGGUGUACGCCUGGUGAUGACGAGCUUUGGACGGAUUCGAUCCGAGGUGGAGAGAGAAAGGGG